CCGCCUCCGCCGGCCAAUCGGGUUCGCUCUCGCGCCCAAGGGGUCAGCGCGCGGCGAGGGAAGACGGGGGCGAGGGCGGCCGGGCCCGUUCCCCCCACAGCUCCAGUGGGACGCGCCCGAAAGGCGGGGAGAGGGGCGGGGCCGCGAGGAGGCGCGGCUUUGCGUUGCGGAAUUAACUCAGCGCCUCUUCAUUCUCCUUGCUGCUGGCUGGGUUGCGCAGGGCGCUGCGGCUCACGCCUUCUCCCCGCCGGAGGUCACCAUGAAGGCCUUGUAUUGUCAGCAGAAUUCAUCCGGAGAGGAAAUGACCUUUAUUUUCCAGGAAAGAGAAAACCUUCCUCCUACAGGAGACCAUGAUGUGAAAGUACAAGUUAGAGCCUGUGCACUGAGCUGGAUAGAUACAAAGCUCCUGUCAGAAGUGAAAUUGGAAAAGGAGCUUCUGCCUGUUGGUCGAGAAAUUUCUGGAGUUGUAUUGGAAGUUGGGAGAAAGGUGUCCUUCUUUCAGCCUGAUGAUGAAGUAGUAGGAAUUUUGCCCCUGGAUUCUGAAGAGUCUGGUCUUUGUGAAGUUGUUCUAGUUCAUGAGCAUUAUUUGGUUCAUAAACCAGAAAAGGUUUGUUGGGUGGAAGCAGCGGGGACCGUUCGUGAUGGUGUCCGAGCGUACACAGCUUUACACUACCUUUCACAAGUCUCUCCUGGAAAAAGUGUCCUUGUCAUGGAUGGAGCGAGUCCAUUUGGUACAAUAGCUAUUCAGUUAGCACAGCAUAGAGGAGCUAAAGUAAUAUCUACGGCCUACAGUCUUGAAGAUAAGCAGUACCUGGAGAGGCUUAGACCUGCUGUGGAAGGUAUGCGGCAGCCUUUAGUGACUCGGGUGAUCGAUGUGUCAAAUGGAAAGAUAGAUGUGGCAGAAAGCUGCUUGGAAGAAACAGGUGGCCUGGGAGUGGAUAUUGUUAUAGAUGCUGGAGUAAAACUGUAUAGUGCUGAAGAUGAAUCAACUUCAAAAUCACAGUUACUGCCUCAUAAGCAUGAUAUCAUCACUCUUCUCGGUGUUGGGGGAAACUGGAUAACAACAGAGAGAAAUCUUCAGCUGGAUCCUCCAGACAGUCAUUCCUUGUUUCUUAAAGGAGCCACAGUCUCCUUUCUGAAUGAGGAGAUAUGGAGCUUGUCCAAUGUAGAGCAGGGGAAGUAUCUCUGCAUCUUAGAAGAUAUAAUGGAGAAAUUAUCAAGUGGUGUUUUCAGGCCUCAGCUGGAUGAACCAAUCCCAUUGUAUGAAGCCAAAGUUUCUAUGGAAAUAGUUCAGAAGAAUCAAGCAAGAAAAAGACAAGUCAUUCAGUUCUAACACACAAAUUCCUGACUUCUACGCCCAUGGAAGAGAAAGAAACGUAAUGUAUUUCAGAAGUAAAUUAGUGUACACUUUCAAGUAAUUCCAUAACCAGAAUUUAAAGAUCUUCUGUACCUCAGCACAAAACGGUCUGUGAAGCUCCUGGGACUUGAGAGGUUUUUUGAUCCAGUUGAGUAAAAUGUUCCCAUCAGCAACUUCUAAACAGAUGGUCUUGACGCACAAAUUUUGACUGCCCUCAUUAUAAAUGUCAGUAACAUCUACAGGCAAUCUCCCUUGCUGCUGUUUUUCAACCAUAAGAAAUUAAAGGGGAAAAAAGAAA